AUGUGGAGCACCGAUGCCGUACAGACUAGUGGCUUUCUAUGCCUGAUCUGUCCUUCCGGUUCCUCCCCCCGGAUCUACGCUAACUACCACCAUCGUCCAUGAGUGCAGAGACGGACUUUUACAUUGGCGUCGACGUCGGCACGGGCUCUGCGCGUGCUUGCCUUGUCACAUCCAAGGGCUCCAUCAGAGCUUCCGACACCCAGGACACCAUCACUUGGCGAGAUCCCCACGAUCAUCGUAUCUUCGAGCAAUCGACGACCGAUAUCUGGUCGAAAAUCUGUAUUGCCGUCAAGAAAGUUCUUGAAGACUCCAAGGUUGACCCCGCUGCUGUCAAAGGCAUCGGGUUUGACGCGACAUGCUCGCUAGCAGUCGCAGAUUUUCAGGGUAACCCCGUCACAGUGACCAGGGGGGACGACAUUGGCAAAGUCGGGACAAGAAACAUCAUACUAUGGGCAGACCACAGAGCCGAGGAAGAGGCAGAACUCAUCAACUCCACCAAGUCAAUCGUCCUCAACUACGUUGGUGGAACCAUGAGUCUCGAGAUGGAAGUUCCAAAGACGCUCUGGCUCAAAAAGCACAUGGAUCCUGCCCUAUUCUCUCGCUGUCAGUUCUUCGAUCUUCCGGACUACUUCACGUACAAAUGUACCGACAACAACACGCGUUCGUUCUGCUCCACGACGUGCAAGUGCUCCUUCGUCCCCGAUAAGGGAUGGCAGGAAGAUUUCUUCACGAGUAUUGGGCUCGAGGAGUUGGUCGACGGAGGUGAAUGGAGACAGAUCGGGGGGGCAAAAGGAAGGAUACAGGCUGCAGGAACGCCAGUCGGCAAGGGGCUCACGCGCAAGGCUGCUGACGAGUUGGGCCUCAAAGAAGGCACUGCCGUCGGGAGCGGUCUCAUCGAUGCCUAUGCGGGCUGGAUGGGUACUGUCGGUGCAAGAUACAUGGAGGACGGCAAGCUGUCCGGCUUCCCCUCUCUCGACGAGUCCCGUCAUCGUCUUGCUGCCGUAGCCGGAACAAGUACAUGUCACAUCGUCCAGAGCAAAGAUGGGAUAUUCGUGAAGGGGGUUUGGGGUCCUUACAAGGAUGCGGCCUUCCCUAACUGGUGGAUGAACGAAGGCGGACAGUCUUCAACGGGACAGUUGAUCGAUUUUAUCAUCACCACUCAUGCUGCAUACCCCGAGCUCAAGGAACGUGCGAAACAAGAGAAUAAGAAUAUUCAUCAAGUGCUGCUUGAUAUUCUCAAGAAACUCUCUGCAGAUAACCAAGUCGAUAGUUUCACCGCACUGAUGAAGGAUGUACAUUUCUAUCCCGACUUCCAUGGCAACAGGUCACCUAUUGCAGACCCUCGAAUGCGCGGAGCGAUCGUCGGCCUCGAACUCGACGCAUCCAUCAACGAUCUUGCUCGUAAAUACUAUCUCACGCUGGAAGCUAUCUCCCUUCAAACGAGACACAUUGUUUCCUCCCUCAACGCUGCUGGGCAUGACGUCACUUCUAUCUACAUGUCUGGCGGUCAAGCAAAGAAUGCUACCAUGAUGCAACUUUUUGCAGACACAUGUGGUAUCCCCGUUGUACUGCCGAUGAACGGUGGGGAGGCUGUAGUUCUAGGCGCUGCGAUGUUGGCAAGAAUAGCGAGUGAUGGUAUUAUACAGGCGGAAGACAUGUGGCGGGUAAUGGUUGAGAUGACACCACCAGGAACAUUAGUCGCACCUUCCGCUUCCCCCAAAGCUAAGAAGAUCCUUGACGCCAAGUAUAAAAUUUUCUUGGAAAUGAUCGACAUUCAAAAGAGGUGGAGAAGCGAGUUAGAGGAAGUCACUAGAUGAGAGGUGUGAAUGCGGUGCAGAUAGAUAGAAAUACUUCUUUAGACUACUUGAGAAUAGUAGGGUGACAAUUGACGUGAGA